CUCAUCACGGAUCUGUCAAAAAUGAUCUGUGGUAUUCAAAAUUAUAAUAUGGACAACAAUCGUGAUAUACCACUAGUUGAUGAAGAUGAAGAUUUAGAAGAAUUGCCACACAAUAAUGCAGUUAUUUUUAAAAACUUAAACACAAUGCUUCAUAAUACCCAGUCAUUUGGUAAUUCAAAUGAAGAUCAAGAUGAAAAGGCAAAAUUGAUAUCAAGAAUUUUAGAAUUACAGAAUACAUUGGAAGAUAUAUCACUGAGGGUGGAUGCAGUUAAAGAAGAAAAUCUUAGAUUAAAGUCGGAAAACCAAGUAUUAGGACAAUAUAUUGAGAAUUUAAUGGCGGCAAGCAGUGUUUUUCAAUCUACUUUUCAGAAUGAUAAAAAGGCUAUUAUUCAUAAUUAAAAAAUAAUACUUUUAUCAUGUAAUAUUAAAUAUACUUUAUAUUCUGAAUUAUGAAACGCCUUAAUUUUUAUUAGUGUAUUGUAUUAGAAAUCGUCAAUGUCUUCCCAUAAUAAAUAUGCAUUUAUUAAGUUUGUAAAUUUUUU